GCGCCGGGGAGACGCAUGCGCUUUGGUGUCUCCUCGAUGCAGUGCCGGGUUUGCGCAGGCGUACUGUCGAGCGGGUGCCGGCAAUCUGCAUGCGACGUCAGUGGCGAGUGGCCGGUGCCGGGUCUCGCCGUCGGGCCGCUGGAGGGGAUGAGCGGUGUCUGGCGGCUCCUUCCCGCCGCUCUCCGCCUGCACCCUCCGGCCUCCCCCAUCUGCUGCUGCCGCCGGCGGAUUCAGGCCUCGGCAGCAGGGAGCGCGGCCAAUGUCUUCGACCGGGGAAUGAAGAAGCGGCAGAAGAAGUGGGCGGCAGCGGCAGCAGCAGCGGUGGGCGAUGGAGGGCAGUGCGACUACCUGAGGGAGGAGGUUGGAAGCAGAAUUGCAGACCGUGUUUUGGAUAUUGUGAGAACUUUCCCCGUUGCGCUCGACAUUGGAUGUGGCAAAGGCUAUAUAGCAGGAAAUCUAACCAAGGAUACUGUUCAAAAAAUCUUUCAAAUCGAUGUCGCAGAGGAUGUUUUGAAAUGCCCAAUUGAGACUGAAAUUCCCACAUAUCAUAUCCUAGCAGAUGAAGAGUUUCUCCCCUUCCAAGAAAAUACAUUUGAUCUCAUUGUUAGCAGUCUAAGUUUGCAUUGGGUGAAUGACCUCCCAGGAGCCUUCAAGCAGAUUAAUUAUUCCUUGAAACCAGAUGGAGUAUUCAUUGGUGCCAUGAUGGGUGGGGAAACCUUGUAUGAGCUUCGCUGUUCCCUGCAGCUCGCAGAGCUGGAACGCGAAGGAGGUUUUGCGCCUCACGUAUCACCGUUCACUGCCGUGACCGACCUCGGAAACCUCUUGCAACAAGCAGGAUUUAACAUGCUAACUGUGGACAUUGAUGAAAUCCAGGUCAACUAUCCAGGGAUCUUUGAAGUAAUGGAGGACUUGCAAGGUAUGGGAGAGAGCAACUGUGCUUGGUCCAGGAAGUCCAUGUUGCACAGGGAUACCAUGCUAGCAGCUGCAGCCAUCUACAAAGAGAUGUAUGGCAACCAGGACGGUUCUGUGCCAGCAACGUAUCAGGUUCUGUAUAUGAUCGGUUGGAAACCCCAUGAAUCACAGGCUCAGCCAGCAAAGAGAGGUUCGGCUUCAGUAUCAAUGGGCGACAUAGGAAACCUGCCUGUACCGAUGGUAAAAAAGGAUAAAGAGUUUUAAAAUUGUAACGGAGAUUACAUCCAACCGUCCAGAAAGUUUGCUGGUCAGGCAACAUCUCUCCGAUAAACCAGAACACUCGUCGUUUUACUGUAGAAGAGUAAUUGUGUGUGUAAAUAUAAACAGUAAAAGAUUAUCAUUUUCAAAUUGGACUUGAAUUUUAUU